AUGGCCUUGAAGGUAGAAGAAGAAGGUACUAUUGAAGGAAGAAAUGAUUACACACAAGACGGAACAGUGAAUCUCCAAGGCGGACCCAUUUUAAGAUCAAAGACUGGGAGAUGGAAAUCCUGUUCCUUCAUUGUAGCAUACGAAGUGUUCGAGAGGAUGGCGUAUUAUGGGAUUGCGACAAAUCUAGUGCUGUACUUGGCAAAUAAGCUCCAUGAAGGCACUGUGACCUCUUCAAACAACGUUACAAACUGGAUUGGUACGGUUUGGAUGACACCCAUUUUAGGAGCUUACAUUGCAGAUGCUUAUCUCGGCCGGUAUUGGACUUUUGUCGGUGCUUCAGCAAUUUAUCUCAUGGGAAUGUCGCUAUUAACCCUAGCAGUUUCAGUUCCAGCCCUAAAGCCACCAUCAUGCGGACACGGAAUCAAAGACGCAGAUUGCACCAAAGAAGCCUCACACUUUAAAAAGGGUAUAUUCUACUGUGCACUCUACAUUAUUGCUUUGGGAACAGGUGGUACCAAGCCCAACAUCUCAACCAUGGGCGCUGACCAAUUCGAUGACUUCGAGCCCAAAGAGAGGGCCCAAAAGCUCUCCUUCUUCAAUUGGUGGAUGUUCAGCAUUUUCUUUGGCACCCUCUUCUCCAACACGUUUUUGGUCUACAUACAAGACAAUGUGGGCUGGGCUCUUGGAUAUGGGCUUCCAACGGUUGGGCUUGCGGUUUCCAUUUCGGUGUUCUUGGUGGGGACUAAAUUUUACAGGCACAAAUUGCCUACAGGUAGUCCUCUUACUAGGAUAGUUAAGGUGUUUGUGGCUACUAUAAGGAAUUGGAAUUUGACUCUUCCAAAUGACCCAAAAGAGCUUUAUGAGCUCAGCUUGGAAGAAUAUGCAAAAUCCGGGAAAUUCAGAAUUGACCAUACUCCUUCAUUAAGAUUCCUCGACAAAGCAGCAGUACGAAUCAGCGACUCAACCUCGCCAUGGACUCAGUCGUGUCCAGUAACCCAAGUCGAAGAAACCAAGCAAAUGCUGAAGAUGCUCCCAAUCCUCGUCGCCACAUUCAUCCCCAGCACCAUGCUCGCCCAACCCCAGACUCUCUUCAUCAAACAAGGCGCCACCUUAAACAGACACAUAGGCCCAAACUUCGAGAUCCCUCCGGCCUGCCUCGCCGCCUUCAUCACCGUCUUCAUGCUUUUAAGCCUAGCUCUCUACGACCGCUACUUCGUCCCGGCCGUUCGACGCUACACCAGAAACCCUAGAGGCAUCACAUUGCUCCAGAGACUCGGCAUUGGCCUUGUUCUCCACAUCAUCAUCAUGGUAACGGCCUGUUUGGCCGAGAGAAAGCGUCUCAGCGUCGCCCGGCAAAACAAAAUCUUCGGGAAACACGAGAUUGUCCCUCUCACCAUCUUCGUCCUCAUUCCUCAAUUCGCUCUCAUGGGCGUCGCCGACUCGUUCGUCGAGACCGCGAAGCUCGAGUUCUUCUACGACCAAGCGCCGGAGGGGAUGAAGAGUUUGGGGACCUCGUACUUCACGAGCAGUAUAGGGAUCGGUAGCUUCCUGAGCAGUUUUGUUCUGACGACGGUUUCGGACUUCACGAAACGACACGGACGAGGAAAGGGGUGGAUCUUGGAUAACUUGAAUGUGUCCCACUUGGACUACUAUUAUGCCUUCUUGGCUGUCUUGAGUUUUAUCAACUUUUUCUUCUUUUUGUUUGUGGCCAAGUUGUUUGUUUACAAUGUUGAUGUGACGGAAUCCAAGAGGGAUUUUGCUUUGGAAACUUCGCCGGAGAUAUUGACUUAG